AAUUUAUUGUUUGAAAAAAAAAAAUAUAAGAUUAAUAAUUUAAAUUAUAUUAAAUUUUUUUUUUCUCCAAUGGAGAUUGGAGUGAUUAAAUAUUGUUGCGUUAUACUGUCAGAAUAAUGAAGUGUAAUAAAACAAUAUUAUUUUAUUAUUGUUUACUUAUCGUCAAUGUUUCGAGCAGUAAUAUAAAAAUUUAUGCACCUUCGUCAAGAGAAGAUUCAUCAAAGCGUCUCAUUAGCGAUGCGAGAGAAAUAGUGGAGAAAUGUUUUACAAAUAAUUCAAAUCCAAUUAUAAUAAGUGCUGAUUUGAUUAAUAACGAUGACAAAGUUAAAAAUCCACCUGAUAUUAAUAAUUUAAAAUCGUCGUUUAUUAUCAUUAACGAAGAUUUCAAGCCAACGAAGAUCGAAGGGUAUAUUCCUACUUAUCCGACGUAUGUCCUUUUGUUUGAAUCGUUUCUAAAACUGACAGCGCUUAUUGGAGAGUUGAGAAAAUCAAAAAUUUGGAGUAUCAAGUCUCCGUUUUUCGUUCUCGACACGACGAAAGAUUCUCGUUGUAUGAAUGCUCAACCCGUGCUAGGAAUGCUAUGGAAAUAUGAUUUAUUAUCUGCGUAUUACUUGUGUAAUAACAGUGAAAGAGAUUCGACAAUUGUUUACACUUUAAAUCCGUUCACAAAUUACGCUCCGUCACCGUGGGUCCAACUCUAUGCCAGCAACGUAUUCAUAGAUAAAGCUGACGAGAAGUGGACAUUCUAUAAUCUAAAAUAUUCAAAAGAUAAAAAAAUAUGUCAGAAUAUGAUUUUUGAUAAAACAAAACACUUAAAACAAAAUAAAAUAAAAUUAUUAGCUGUUGAGCGAUUUCCAAAUGUGACUUUAGAUAAGAAAGUAGAAAUGAUAAGAAAUUACUUGAAAACAAUAACGAAUAAAAAAAUUCCAUCAAUAUAUACAUUACUUCCGUACAUUAAUGCAACAUAUUUAGUCCACUUCACGGAACAAGGUUUUACCAAAGAAAUGAUGAAUAAUGGUUACAUUGACGAGAUAGUAAGAAAAGUGUGUGAUGCCAAUGAUAAAUUAACGCAAUUAUCAGAUACUAACUAUCAGUUUAUGGACGUUAUGACACAGUAUACUUUAAUCGAAUAUUCAAUACUGACUAAAAAGUCGAAUUACUUGAAGGUGAUCAGUGAAAUAACUUACAAUAUACAAUUUAUUGUUCUAUCGAUAGUUUGUCUAUUAUUGAUAUUGGUGGUCAUAUUGAUUAAUAAUACCUUCAGAGUUAGUGAAAGUAUUAUGGACGUGGUGAGAAUGUUGGCCAAUAUGGGAGUUAUGUCUCCAAUGGACCGUUUGUCUAUGAGAAUCAUUUACUUUUCCGGAUUUCUAUUUAUAUUUAUAAUAAUGCCCGAGUUUCAGGGCCAGAUAUCUGCAAUGUUGUCAAAACCAAUCCGACGUAACGUCGAGUCGCUGAAAGAUCUCCGAGACAAUAAAUACCACGUCUAUUAUCACGAACUUUUAGAGAAUGAUAUGAUCGAUCAAAAGUUGUGGGUUACUGAUGAGGACAGAAAAUAUUUACACCCAUCGAGUUUGCUACAUCUUGAAAAAUGCCCAUAUGAAGCACAGGAAAAUUCAACUAUUGCAUGCAUCAACAUGAGGUCGUCUCAAUUAAAUUCCGCUUUAAAUUUGAAAAAUUUACAUAUUUCUAAAGACGUCGUAUUUAGUAAAUAUUUCGUAUACUGGACCAGGAAGGAUUGGCCGCUGAAAGAUAGAGUCGAUAAAAUGGGUGCACUAUCGGUGGAAACAGGUUUAAUUUAUUAUCGGGACAACAAACCGAGCAAAGAAUAUUCGAAAAAGUUAAAGAAGAUUAAUAAAAUUAAAGAAAAAGAAAAGUAUGAGCAGAUUGACUUUGAUAAUUUGGUGUUCAGUUACAUGAUCACUGGAGUGAUUUUACUGUGGAGUGUGUUCAUUUUUGCAAUCGAACUGCUCUUUCAUAAAUAUUCAAAACUUCGCAAACAGGUUCUGAUAAGGCGAAGGUUCGGGAAUAUAAAGUCAUUGAGAUCGCAACCGAGAAUUGUUUUUUUUCCUGGGCGAAUGGUUCUUCUUAAUAGCCGCGAGUGAUUUUUAUCUCGAAACCAAGUAUUAAAUUAGUAGUAAAUCCGUAAUUAGUAUUCACUGAUUGCUUGAUGUGGAUUUGAUAAUUGCACUCGAUGAUAUUCAAAAAAGGUGUCAUCUGCAGGUUUUGGUCACUAAGUAAAUAAUAAUUUAAACUCUCAAAUAUCUGAAUAUGUAUCAAUGAUACCCAAAAUACAACUCUCAUUUUUCCGUAAAACAUAAAAUAUUGUCCAAAAGAAGUUGAUUCAACUUUUUUCUUAAGAUUGAGUUUUGAAUCUCUAGAAACUCAAAGUACUCUCUUAAAUAUGAUAUAGUGAAAUUAGUGACUAUACACUAUUUGCUAGUGAAAUGUAUAUCACUAAUUUAAAUAGUGGUAUACUUUGCACUAGCAAUAAGUGACUAUUCACUGCUAAAUAGUGAUUUUCCCUAAUUCGUUUUCAGAGAGUAAGAUAACGGAUUUAAACUUAAUAAAAAUUAAACCGCUGCUUAAAAGUUGAAAGUGGAAUAAAUGGUGUGUU